GCCACCCCCAUUUCGCCAUCCAUCGAUCUCCAUCGCCAUCGAUCUCUUCUUCCUCUCUCUCCACACAAUCUCUCACGAGUCUCGAUCGAGUAGGUCGCAGGAAUGGAUCCGGAGGAGAGAGUAGCGGAGGCGAUGAAAGGCUUGCUGGUGGAGUACUCCCAGCAGUCGGCGCGCCUCGCCGUGCAGGUACGGGGGAACGAGUACCGCCGCGCCGCCGCCGCGGGCGGCGGCGGCGGAUUUCUGCUGUCGCCCGGGGAGAGGGAGAGGUUGAGGGCCGGUUCCGGGUUGGAGCUCGUGAUUGUGCCCGUCAUGGAGGGGGAUCAGGUGGUGUCGUCGUCGGCGUCGGCGGAGGUUUUGGUUUCGCCGUUGGUGGAGGGCGAGGUUCGCGUCGUCCCCGCCGUGGAGCGGCGGCGCUGGCGUCGUCAGGCGGCGGCGGAGGAGUGGGAGGAGAUUGACCCGGAGACGAAGUAUCGUGGGGUGAGGGUGAGGUUUGGGACGAGGUAUGUCGCCGAGAUCCACAACCCGACGGGGGCCGGGCGGCUGUGGCUGGGGACGUUCGACACGGCGGAGCAGGGGGCGUGGGCGUACGACGCGGCGGCGCGGGUGCUGCGCGGGGAGGCGGCGGCGACCAACUUCGGCGAUCCCGCGCAGACGCCGUCGCCGCUUUCGGCGGAGAUGCGGUCCAUGCUAGCGUUCUUCGACCGAGCUCGAGCUCGCCGCGAGCGUGUGGUGGAGGAACGUGGGGCGGCGGCGGCAGAGGCGGAGGCGAGCGAGGCUCCUGCUCCUGCUCCUCUCCUGUUGCUGCCUGCGCCGCCGCCUUCGUCUGAUGUGUCUCCGGUGACGGUGCAGGUGGCAGCGCCUCCGUCGUCAUCUGAUGCAGCUCCUGUGCCAGCGACGCUGUUAUCUGAUGCAUCUCCGGUGAUUGUGCAGGUGCCCGUGCCGCCGUCAUCUGAUGCAGCUCCGGUGCCAGCGCCGACGUUAUCUGAUGCAUCUCCGGUGCCGGUGCAGGUGCCCGCGCCGCCGUCAUCUGAUGUUGCUCUGGUGCCGGUGCCGGUGCAGGUGCCAGCUCCGACGUCAUCUGGAUCUGAUGAAGCUGCAUUUGUUGGUGGACGGGGACGCGGCGCCGGUGCCGGUGUUGGUGGCGGCCGUGGACUUGGGCGCGGUGGCGGUGGCGGGCGUGGGCGCGGAGGCAAACGCGCUCCGACGACGGCGGUGACCGUGGUUGCUCCACCGCCGCCGGUGCCCACACCUGCUGCAGGUGCAGCAGCCCCGACGCUGGCGCCUGCAUCAGCAGCUGCACAUGCACCUGCGCUGUCGGUGGAGCCGGAUGCUCUCGUUUCUCCAGCGUCAAUCGCGCCCGCUUAUGCUGCGCCGGCGCCGGCUCCAGCACCGGCGGCUCUUGAAGCGCUCGCGCCGCCGCCACCUGCUGCACCUGCAUCCCUCUCCGCAAGCGGCGGAGAGCGCGGAUGUGUUGCCAUCGCGAACGCUGCGGUCGCCGGCCGCGGCCGUGGGCGUGGGAGCGGAGCCAAACGCGCUCCGACGGCGGUGACCGUGGGUGCUCCACCGCCGCAGGCGCGCACACCUGCUGCAGCUCCGGCGAAGGCGUUCGUAUCAGCACCUGCACCUGCACCGAGUUCUGUGAUCUCGCCGGUACUCGCAGCCAGCGCCUCUGCUGCAGCUGCAUUUGCACCGGCGCCAGCGCCGGCGGCAGCUGAAGUGAUCCCGCCGCCGCCAUUGCCUGCUGCGGCAAGCACAGCUGCUGCACCUGCAGCUGAAAGGAAAAGGAAGCUCCUGACUGCCUCAAGCCUCUCCUCAAGCGGUGGAGAGCGCGGACGUGGACGUGCACGCGGCCGCGGACGUGUUGCCGAUGCCGCCAUUGCCGGUGGCAGCCGUGGGCGUGGGCGCGGAUGCGGACUAACUCCAGCGGUGGUGACCGUGGGUGCUCCACCGCCGCCUUCUGCAGCUCCAGCACCGGCGCCUGCAUCAGCACCAUCACUGGAGCCGAAUGACAUUAUUGCGCCGGUCGUGUCAUCCACACUCGCGCCAGGCGCCUCUGCUGCAGCUGCAGCUGCACCGGCGGUGGCACCGCCGGCGGCGGCGCUUGAAGCGAUCUUGAUCCCGAUGCCGCCGCCUGCAGCCGCAGCCGCAGCUGCUGCACCUGUACCCAAGAAGAGGAAGGUCCGGACAGCCUCAACCCUCUCCGGAAGUGGUGGACCAGGACGAGGACGCGGGCGUGUUGCCGAGGCAACCUUUGUCGGUCGUGGCCGUGGAGUUUGGAGUGUGCGCGGGCGCGGACGCGGACGCAUUCCGACUGAGGUGACCGUGGGUACUCCAUCGCCGUCGGCGCCCACACCUGCACCAGCAUCAGCAACUGCACCGUUAAUACAGUCAAAUGUUGUGAUUUCACCGGUGCCGCCCACACUUGCUGCCUCUGGCGUAGCUGCAUGGCCACCGGUGCCGGCGAUACCUGAGCUCACAACCGCAGCAGCGGCGCCUUUACCGGAAAAGCCGGUGCUGACAGCCCAUGACGUUGUCAUGGCAACACUCUUCCCCAACGGUGUCUUCUCCUACACUGCCGGGUCAUCACAUGCGCCGCCACCGCCGGUGGCUAGCGGUUCCUUCUUCCAGGAGGUGAUCCCUCCCGGCGGUGUGCCGACAAACUACGCCAUACAUGAGGCUCCGGACUUUGACCCAAACGUCUUCUUCGCCGAUGUGCCCGACGGGGAGCAGGACGAGCUCGUGUUGCUGAGCUUGACAUCGACGCUCCUUGACAUUGACAACUCAUUGACUCUGGUUGCCGACGAUGCAGCCUCGUCGGCUCAGGCAGCCGUUGACGUCGCAUCAUCGUCAGCUCAGGCUGCCAUCGAUGUCCCUUCCUCGUCGGUUCUGGCUGUCGUCGACAUCCCCUCCUCAUCGGCUCAGGCUGCCAUUGACGUUCCCGCCUCAUUGGCUCAGGCUGCCACUGAUGUUGCAUCCUCGUCGACCCAAGGUGCUGCUGGGAAUGAGAGGCCGAUAAUGUUCGACUUCGACCUCAACGAACCAGCAUCCAAUUUCGAAUGAAGACGAUGAUUCAAAGAAAGCACCAGCUUCGGGUGAUCUGCAAUGUAUCCGAUAAUUUACUAAGUCGAUUGUAUCCAUCUUGUAAUGACGUUGGUUUAAUUUACCUGUGUUAUCAUGUAAUUUAGCAAACAUGUUUAUCUAGUUUCUUAUGAUCGAACAAAAACUAUUGAAACCUAUUCUGGUCAAUUAGACACUUUUUUGUGUUAAUUGUUUA